UACGGUUCGUACAUACCGUACUCGUACGGUUCCUGCUCCUACAACAAAACACAAGACAAUCGACGUCUGAGAUUGACUCGAGCAGCGAAGCACACUUGUCCGCUCGUUCGCAGACACAACAAAGAAAGAACAAUGACCCAUGCACUUGCUCGAACGCGUCCGAUCCGACGACCGACGGCGCUGGUAUUCGUAUUCGUAUUCGUAGUAGUUCUGUUCCUGGUGCUGUCCGAGAGAGAUUUUGGCAGCCGUCGGGUGGAUGCCUUGUCGUGCCCGGUGGGUGUUGCCAGGGAUGGAGCCGGUCCCCGCCAGAGCCCGCUGAAUCCGUAUUGUUUGGGAAACAGAGACACCGUUGCCAACAACCGCAAGGCUUUGGUCCGGCGCCGCUCGGUGCUUCUCCGGAGCAGCACCGCGCCGGACGGCGGCGGCGGCGGCGAGCCAAAGAAAAUCCGCCUCAACAAGGUCUUCAAGCGGACGCACUCGCGGCGGGAAGCGGACCGGCUGAUCGAGGAGGGCCGGGUUUCCGUCAACGGAAAAAAGGUGGGCACCAAGGGAGGCUUCUUUGUGGUCCCCUACGUCGACGAGAUCUCCCUGGACGGCGACCUCGUCGAGGGCUGGGAGGAAAUGAACGGCGUCCAAGCGGCAAAGACAAAGACAACGACAACGACAAACCCCGCUUCCGCCAAAACCGGCGGUGCCCGAAACGCCGAGACCGCUCCGUCCGGCGGCAAACCAGGCGGCCGCGGGACCUUCGAGUACAUCAAGUACUGGAAGCCCCGGGGGGUGAUCUGCACGACGGACCCGAAGAUCCCCCACAACAUCGUCGACGAGCUGGCCAUCGACGGCUACCACCCGCCCCACCGGGUCUACCCCGUCGGCCGCCUCGACAAGGACACCUCCGGGAUCAUCCUGGUCACGAGCGACGGCCGGCUCCCGAACGCGGCCCUCCGGAAGGAGCACAAGCGGCCCAAGGUCUACGAGGUCGGCCUCGACCGGCCCCUCGAGCGCCAUGGACCCGUCCUGGACCGGCUCCGGGAAGGCGUCACCAUCUCCACCGAGACGGUCCGGAACGGGGUCCGGAAGACCCUCACGGCGCCGACGGAGCCCUGCUCGGUGGAGCAGCUCUCGGACACGUGGAUCAGGAUCACCCUCCGGGAGGGCCGGAACCGGCAGGUCCGCAAGAUGACGAGGGCCGUCGGCUACCGGACGGUGGAGCUCGAGCGGGUCUCCUUUGCCGGGAUCCCCCUCGAGCCGGGACUCCGGGGACCGGGCGACUGGGACUACCUGGAGGGGGAGGAGCUGGAGAUCGUCCUGGACAUGAUCGAGGUCGCCGAAGCGGCGGCAAAGGAGGCCAGCGAAGCGGUGCCCUCGACGAGCCAACGCCGGGACGACAAAACCACCGGUUGGGACGGCGAGGAUUGGUAGACAAGAAAGGAACGAAACCCGGUGCGGCUCGAUGUGAUUCGACUCGACUCGAUUCGAUGCAAUCCAAUGCAAUGCAAUGUUGUUGGGACGCGCAAGCAAAAGUCUUUCCGGUUGGUGGGAACGGAGAGGAAAUCCUUGUAGACGAGUGGAUCGUCGCCACCCGCGUGGAUUGGGUGUUUUCUCCAAAACAGGCGAUCGACGGAAACGGACAAUCCACACCAGAAUGCACACCACGGCUCUAAAAAUCUCGGUUGCAUUGGAAAGCCGAUAUGGAGCUAGCUACUGUUUGCACCACCAGGGCCAUUCGAGGAGAUGAGAUGAGAUUCGAUUGGAUUGGAAUCCAUUCCAUUCCAUUCUUUUCAUUCCACCCAGGAAGAAUAUCUAGCUGCAAGUUCCCUCGUGCUUGGCAACAUGCUCUGUGUUGACUGCUGAACUGGUAGACCGACUCGCUCGCUCUGCUUUCGGUCGCCAGCCCUGUCGCUCGAAACCGCAGUCGUGAUGGAUUGCGGUGGACACACCGCUGCUACGGCAGUAUCAAUGCAAUUUCUGUUCACAAGAGUAGUACCUGCGUUCCGGUAUCUGCCUACGGUUUUGGGGGUUGCACAGAAACGAAUCACUCUUGCUCUCUAUGGUUUCCGCAUGGGUGGGUUCGGUAGUGCUCGUGGUUCCGGAGAUGCACCGCGCACCGGCACCGGUACCAUCGUUGGGAAGCGCAGAAGAUAAAAAAGAAAACAACCAGGUUCCAAUAUAAUUACAGUGGAAAA